AGAUUCUAAUCAGAUCACAUCCACUGUGUCAGUUUGUUCCAAGUUAUAAACAUCUUUUCUACUAUCUUUGCCGUACCAUCAUUAAUAGAGUUUUUGUUCUCUUCUUUAAUUCUCCGAUGUACUUCAUCUUGGCUCUUGAAUCUUGAACACCUACCAAAACACUCAAUCUUGAAUCAUGAUUGUCCACCGAAAAGAUAGGAGGGACUGUAUUCAUGGCGGCUGCGACUAGUACUGCUACAAAAUUUGAAAACAACACCGAUGAUCAAGAGAAGAGUGAAGAAAGCAUUACCAACUAUCUGAUAGUGAGGCCAGAAAAGGGAGGAAUGUUGGACUUGUUGAGGUACUUGGCAUGGGCCGACAUAGGAAGUGGUGUGAGAUUCUUAGAGAGCUCAGAAGAGGGAAAUAUGGGUGAGGAGGCAGCUGAUCAUAGGUGGAUUAUCUUGGCGUCUCUUAUUGCUAGGAAGAUCAUCUCCUUAUUUGGCAAGCCCUUGGAGUACACUGGUUUUGUGGUUGAUUUCUUCCUCAAUCUCUUGUUUCAGAAUGGUGGCAUCAUGGGCUUAUUUCUCAACUUUCUCCAAGGAAAGGUGGUGAUACCGCAGAGGGACACCGAGACUUUUAUAUGUACCAUCGGGCAUUUGGAUGGGCGAACAGACCUAUACAGAGCUGAAAACUUGCUGGAACAAAUAUAUCAUUCGGUUUCCGCAGAGAAAACAAUCACAGAAGAAAUAGGGAACCGCGCUCAUAUGGACCUCUGUAUCAUGGCAUCCAAAUUAGCUUAUGAGAAUGCUAAAGUUGUUCAAAGUAUUGUUGUUCAUUACUGGAAGAUGCAUUUUGUGGACUUCUACAACUGCUGGAAUGAUUUUCAAAAGGAAUUUUCCACUCAAGUGUUCAUUCUCUGUGACAAGCCCAAGGAUGCAAACUUAAUAUUGAUUAGCUUUCGGGGCACAGAACCUUUUGACUCUUAUGAUUGGGACACUGAUUUUGAUUACUCUUGGUAUGAGAUUCCAAAACUGGGAAAAGUCCACAUGGGAUUCUUAGAAGCAUUAGGUUUGGGCAACAGAGAUGAUAUUACCACCUUCCACUAUCACCUUCAGAUGAAGAACACAAAUUUCAAUCACGAUUAUGAAGGUUCUGGAUCACCAUUAUCAAAUACUGAUUCUGACAUGGAACAAAAUGAACUGGACCUUUCUUCUGAUUCUGACAGAGCUACUGCAGUAGGUCAUAAGAAGUUCCCGCCAGAAAUGGUGAAGAAGACUGCAUACUAUAAAGUGAGAAAGAAGCUCAAGAGCUUACUCGUGGAGCACAAGAAUGCGAAAUUUAUAGUCACUGGGCAUAGCUUAGGUGGUGCACUUGCUAUUUUGUUCCCAUCUGUGUUGGUGCUGCACCAACAGAUGGAUGUAAUGAAAAGGUUGCUUGGGGUUUACACAUUUGGGCAGCCAAGGAUUGGGAACUUGCAGCUAGCAAAGUUCAUGGAAGCCCAUUUGGAGUAUCCUGUUCCUAAAUACUUCAGGGUGGUUUACAGCAAUGAUCUUGUCCCUAGAUUGCCUUACGAUGACAAAACCUUCUUGUAUAAACAUUUCGGAGUGUGCCUUUAUUAUAACAGCCUCUAUAUUCAACAAAAAGUGGAUGAGGAACCAGACCCCAACCUCUAUGGGUUGAGAAAUGUUAUUUUGGCACAUCUGAAUGCUAUAUGGGAGUUAAUAAGAAGUUUUAUAAUCAGCUACACCCAUGGGCGAGAGUACAAAGAAAGUUGGUUCAUGGUGUUGGCCAGGUUAGUGGGACUGGCUCUCCCCGGGAUUUCUGCACAUUGCCCCACAGAUUAUGUUAACUCGGUAAGACUGGGAAAAGAGUGAGUUGUUCAAAUGUCUUCUUUCUGAUAGGCUUCUGUUGCAAAUAAUGUUGGUGAUGGUGCCAAGAUGAAAUGCUUGCUUUAUCAUGGAUUGAGUGUCCAGUUGUCUACAUUAUUUCUUACGCUUUUGGGUUCUGGUUUCCAUUUUGAUGUCAAAGCACCUUUCUUUCAUGCCCUUUGGAUUAUGUAGUACCUACCGGUGUCUGGCUGUCCAAAAUAUUUGAGUUUCUAUUGCAGAAAAAAAUUGCGUUGUUCCGUUUAUAUUCCUGGGCUUGUAAUGCCUGUCAGGCAGACGAUCUAAUUGUGAAAUUUUUGACAAACA